AGCGUCCUCCUUAGGCGCAGACCGUUUCUGCUCGGGUCAAAGCAGUACGCGUUUUCGGUAGAGGCAGCAGAAAGAUUAGUCUUCAGAGCAAUUUUAGCGUUAAAUAUCUUUUAACGCAUUUGCUAAACGUGUUAUUUUAUAAUGAGCGACAACGAGAAAGAGUUCAGGGAGCAGGACUCUCGGGCCGGCUCGCGGAGCCCAUCCCCUGGAGGCUCACCUAAAUCCACUAGCCGCUCACCAGCGCGCUCCAGAGGUGGCUCCCAUCAUUCCAGAUCCAAAUCUCAGUCCCGAUCUAGAUCUCGGUCAAGAUCUAAAUCCAGGUCUCGAUCCCAUCGAAGCUCACGCAGGCACCACUCCCGUUCCCGCUCUCGUUCCCGCCGGCGCCGCUCCAGGAGCCGAUCUCGUAGCUCUGAGUACCGCCGGCGCAGGAGCCACAGCCGCUCCCCCAUGUCGAAUCGACGCCGACACAUUGGCAACAGGGCCAACCCAGACCCCAACAACUGUCUGGGCGUGUUUGGUUUGAGCCUCUAUACCACUGAGAGGGACCUAAGGGAGGUUUUCUCUAAGUAUGGCCCGCUGGCAGACGUCAACAUUGUGUAUGACCAGCAGUCGCGUCGAUCCAGAGGUUUUGCCUUUGUCUACUUUGAGAACUGCGAGGACUCCAAGGAGGCCAAGGAGCGAGCUAAUGGAAUGGAGCUGGAUGGACGCAGGAUCCGAGUGGAUUUCUCCAUUACCAAACGAGCCCAUACUCCCACUCCAGGAAUCUACAUGGGACGCCCCACAUAUGGUGGUGGUGGUGGUGGUGGUGGUGGUGGAGGCGGCGGCGGUGGUGGCUCAUCACGUCGUGUCUCAAGGGACUACGACAGGGGCUACGACAGAGGCUAUGAUAGAGGCUACGAUCGUGACUACGAUCGUUACGAUGACCGCGAGUACCGUUCAUACAGGCGCAGAUCUCCAUCUCCUUACUAUAGUAGAGGAUAUCGCUCUCGAUCACGGUCCUACUCACCACGUCACUACUGAGCAACAAGAGAAGAGGCGACAGAAGUGUUACUAUUUGGAUGACAGUUUUUUUUCUGUUGUUUUUGUUUUAAAUCUGACAAUAUUAUGUAUGUGAUUUAAAAACUCUGCAUCUGUUUGUGUAUCAAAAGUUUAACAAAAUUGAUCCAAAAAACCCUAAAUUUCUCCCUGAGCACAAAAAAGUCAGCAGGGAAUCAUGCUGCACCAAGUCUGUGCAAAGAAUCAGUUUUUUUGUUUUUGUUUGUUUGUUUUGUUUUUUUGAAAAAUGAAAAUGGGUUUUGUUUGGUUUUUUUGAAUACUCAGUGUGAUCAAAUGAAUUGAUUGAAAGCACAGUCAGUGGUUGUAAAAAGGCUAGGAUGUGCUCAGUAGUUCUCGGUUUCUUUUGUUUGUUUUUUUUAAUGUAUCAUAGCUGGAUUUUUCUGUGCCAGUUUUCAGCUUUCUCAUUUUGCUCUUUGUUGGUAGGUGAUUUGUUAAACUGUCGUGAGCGUAGUUUGCCCCUCAUUAAGUUUUAAAUGCCAUGUUUCUUUUUCAAUUUGUUUUUGCUUGAUCGAAGAUCCACUUUUGUUUGUAUAUAAGAAAUAAAAAAAAAUAAAAAAUACUUU